AUGGCGCGCGUUGUCGUGGACGCGUACAGGCUCGGGGAGAAAGACGUGCGAUGGUACGUGAUGGGCGACGACGACACCUUCUUCAGCCCGCACGCGCUAGCGGCCUUUCUACAGCAGUACGACCACCGCGCGCUGCUCUACCUCGGGUCCGCCUCCGAGACGCACAUGCAGAACGUCGAGUUCACGCGCUCCAUGGGGUUUGGCGGCACGGGCUUCGCCGUGUCCGCGGCGCUGGCGAAAGCGCUGAGCGCGGGGGACGGCAUGGACCCGUGCCUGGAGAGGCACACGAAGCUGCGGGGGAGCGACGAGCGCAUGGCUGCUUGCAUCAGCGAGCUAGGGGUGUCUCUCACUGUGGCCCCCGGCUUUCACCAGUGCGACCUGCACCACAGUCUAUUCGGGCUGCUCAUGUCGCACCCGGCUCAGCCUCUCCUCUCCCUCCACCAUUUUGACAUAAUGGACCCGAUUCUAAAACCCGUUGGGAUUGAGAACCGCGCGCAGGGGCUUGCCACGCUGGUAAAGCGGAUAAGGCCUGAUCCGGUGGGGUUUGCACAGCUGGCGGUGUGCGGGGACGGGUGA